AAGAAAUCUCGCGUCCCGCUCAAAUCUCGCAUGAACAGUGGUUUUGCCUUGAAUCUGCACACUUCAGGCUCCACCGAGUUGAACGAAGAUGGAAGUGAGAUGUAACGAGUUGACAAUUCUGUCUAAUAAUCAGAGAAAACGAAAGUUAAAGAGAGCUGUGAUGAAGAUGGCAGCGAGCUGUAAAGAUCCGGAUCCUUUAUCCUGCUCAAUAUGCUUGGACAUAUUGAAAAGCCCUGUGACUCUUCAUUGUGGCCACAGCUACUGUAUGGACUGUGUAAAUGGCUACUGGGACCAGGAGGAUCGCAGAGAUGUUUACAGCUGCCCCCAGUGUAGACACACUUUCACCCCCAGACCUGUGUUGAACAAGAACACAGUGCUGGCUGAUCUGGCAGGGAAAAUGUUAGGGGCAGAACAACCCACCCCUCUUGUGAAGGAUGAUGUCGGCCCGGGGGACGUGGAGUGUGAUUUCUGCACUGUGAGGAAGCUGAAAGCUGUCAAGUCUUGUCUGGUGUGUCUGGCUUCUUACUGUGCUACUCACUUGCAGCCCCACUAUGAGUCUGCUGCGUUCAAAAGGCACAAACUAGUGGAAGUCUCUGCCUCCUUACAUGAGAAGAUCUGCUCUAAGCAUGACAAGCUGCUCGAAGUCUAUUGUCGCAGUGACGGCCAGUGCAUUUGCCUGCUUUGUGUGAUAGAUGAGCACAAAGGUCAUGACACUGUUUCGGCUGCAGCAGAGAGGAAAGAGAUACAAAAACAAUUUGGAAAGACAAAACAAAGAUACCAGCGGGGAAUACAGGAGAAAGAGAAGCAGCUGCAGCAGCUGAGACAGAAAAUGAAAGCACUGCAGUGUUCUGGAGAUGCAGCGGUUGAUCAAAAUGAGAAGGCCCAUGCUGAAAUUGUCCUGAUGGCGACUAAAAGGCGUUGUGCUGUGGAGGAGCUGAUCAGAGUUCAGGAGAAGGCUGCAACGAGCCGCGCUGAGGCACUCGUGGAUAAGCUGGAGAAGGAGAUCUCUGAGCUGAGAAAGGGAGAGGAUGAACUGAAGCAGCUGUCACUCACUGAGGAUCACAUUCAUUUCCUGCAGAGCUGCCAGUCCGUUUUUGACUGUCCAGAACUCGACGCAUCCUCUGAUUUCAACAUCCUUCUACACACAACUUUUGACUUUGUGACAAAGGCUAUUUCUAAUUUGACAGACAAAAUGGAAAACAUGGCAAAAGCUAUUGCAGAAAUAUCUGAGACAAUUCAAGCUGAUCCUGAUCCUAAGACAAGACAGGAGUUCUCCCUUUAUUCCUGCCACCUCAGUUUGGAUCCCAACACAGCAUUUAUAAACCUGUUGCUCUCUGAGGGCAACAGCAAAGCAACCUGGAUUAAAAAAGCUCAGAGGUAUCCAUGCCACCCAGAGAGAUUUACCAAAUAUGAUCAAGUGUUGUGCACUGAAGGUUUAACUGGUGUUUGCUACUGGGAGGUUGAAUGGCGGGGGCCCAGGGUUGAGGUUGCUGUGUGCUAUAAAGGGGCACAGCAGGAAGAAAGUGGCUUUGGAUAUACAGACCAGUCCUGGUGCAUUUCCCUUUCAAAAUUUGGUUGCACCUUUUGGCACAGUGGAAUCAAAACCAAAAUAUCCAUCACCUGCUCCUCUACUGUAGGAGUGUAUCUGAACCAUAAGACAGGGAGCCUGUCCUUCUACAGCGUGUCUGAUUCUGAUAAAAUGAUGCUCCUUCACAGAGUUCAGACCACUUUCUCCCAGCCUCUGUACCCUGGGUUCAUGGUCUCCAGAGGAGCCUCAGUUACGAUAAUGUCACCAAAGUAAAGGGCAUCCACUGUCAAGGUGGCCUAAGUGAAGCAUCACUAUUACAGUGUAUGUGUUAAACACCAGUGCCACAAAGGUGUUCACUCCAAAAGUAUUGUCUGUUGAUCAUUAAACUUAAAGCUUCAUUGUAUUCUUUAAAAUGUUCAUUGUUUGCAAGGAAAAGGCUGAAGAUAAUAAUGGCACAGAUGUGAGUUGUGUAUGUUACAUGUUUCUCUUCCUGUAAUGAAUCCAUUUCAACUGUAAACUCAGCAUUUUGUUGCUUGUGACUGUUAAAGUGUUAAAGUUACUAGAAUAAUUAUAUAUAAAAACGUUCAUAACUAACAGAAGUCAGACUCCUCUAGCUUAGCCAUGUGUUUACUAAUGUUAAUAGAAGUUGUGAUUACUAGUUUGGGUACUUUAUAAUUUUAUACCAAUACAAUUUCCUGCUGUUUGUGUUAGUUAAAUAAGGAUAAAAUAUUGAUUUUGUCAAAUCAAAUAAAUGUUUAUGGCACAAUUUGUAUAGGCCAUUUGUGAAGCACACUAGCUGUGCUAAAAGGAAAUAAAUACAUUUAUUAGGAACAAAUAAUAAUAAUAAUAAUUAUAAUAAUUUUGUAUUUUUUUAGUAUUUUGUUUGGAAAUAAAAUAGAGAGAGAAACAAUCCCAGUGAAA